GCUGCCCCCCCCCCCCCCCCCACCCCUCCCCUCCCUCCCCGGCAGCCGUUGGGCCGCCCCUCGCCUCAGGCUCCUUCGCCGUCACCCCCGGGUGCAGCUUCACCCUCAGCCUCCCGCUGCCCGGCCCGGCGGGGUCGUCCUUUCCCCCCCCCCCCCACCUACCCCCGCCCUCCUCGCUCCGUUCUCAUCAUGAAGAAGUUUUCUCGGAUGCCCAAGUCUGAAGGGAGCGGCGGCGGCGGGACGGCGGGCGCGGGGUCCGGCGCGGGGAGCGGUGUUGCCUUGGGCAAGGUGCUGCCCGUGGGGCGCUACCAGGUCAUCCCCGAGGAGCUGCUGGCGGAAGGUGGCUUCUCAACUGUGUUUCUUGUACGUACCCAUGGCGGGACACGUUGUGCACUGAAGCGAAUGUAUGUUAAUAACGUGCCAGAUCUCAACAUAUGCAAGAGAGAAAUUACAAUUAUGAAGGAGUUAUCUGGGCACAAGAACAUUGUGAGCUACUUGGAUUGUGCUGUUAACUCUGUGAGUGACAACGUCUGGGAGGUUCUCAUUCUCAUGGAGUACUGUCGAGCUGGGCAAGUUGUGAACCAGAUGAAUCAGCGACUGCAGACAGGCUUUACUGAGUCAGAAGUAAUGAGAAUAUUUUGUGAUACCUGUGAAGCUGUUGCCCGGUUGCAUCAGUGCAAAACACCUAUAGUUCACCGGGAUCUAAAGGUGGAGAAUGUGUUGUUAAACGAUAGUGGGAACUAUGUUCUCUGUGAUUUCGGCAGUGCCACUAACAAGUAUCUUAAUCCUCAAAAAGAUGGUGUAAAUGUGGUUGAAGAAGAAAUUAGAAAGUAUACCACACUGUCAUACCGAGCUCCUGAAAUGGUCAAUCUUUAUGGAGGAAAACCAAUUACUACCAAGGCAGAUAUCUGGGCACUGGGCUGCUUGCUGUAUAAACUUUGUUUCUUUUCACUUCCCUUUGGAGAAAGUCAAGUUGCUAUUUGUGGUGGAAGCUUUACCAUUCCGGACAAUUCCCGGUACUCCCAUAGCAUACACUGUUUGAUAAGAUAUAUGCUUGAACCAGACCAAGAACAGAGACCUGAUAUCUUUCAAGUGUCUUACUUUGCCUUUAAACUUGCUGAAAAGGAUUGUCCAGUGUCUAAUAUUCAUAAUUCUCCUGUCCCUUCAGCUCUUCCUGAACCUAUGACAGCUAGCGAGGCAGCUGCUAGAAAAAGCCAAAUAAAAGCAAGAAUAACAGACACUGUUGGACCAACAGAAACCUCAAUUGCACCACGACAAAGACCAAAGGCCAAUUCAAGCACUGCUGUGUCUGGGGUGCUGACAAUCCAGAGCUCAGCAACUCCAGUCAAAGUACAAGUUCCUGGGGAAUUUGGUAAUCGUGGACAAAAAGGAGCCACGCGAGCAGGGAACGGGCAAGAGGUGCUGCAGUCGGCAGGGAGCAGCCAGCACCCCCCGCAGCAGAACAGGGUACUGCAGCAGCUGCAGCAGGGCGACUGGAGGCUGCAGCAGCUGCACCAUCUGCAGCCCCACCAGCAGCAGCCUGCCAGCCAGGACACCUACAUGCAGCAGUAUCAACAAGCAAUGCAGCAGCAGAUGGUCCAGCAGCAGCUGUUGAUGCAGGCUGUAUACCAGCAGCAACCUUCCCAAUCCCAGUAUCCUGCUAUGGUGCAGCAGUACCAUCAGGCUCUCCUCCAGCAGCAGAUGCUUGCUCAGCAGCAGCAGCAGCAGCGGUCGCAACAGGCACAGUCUCCUGAAUAUAUCACUUCUCCACAAGACUUCUCACCAGCCUUAAUCUCCUACCCUGGGUCACUUCCAGUGCAUGCUGGAACAGGAGCAGAUUCUUCCUACCCUGCAAGCAGGUCAGGUAUUCCUGAUGCUGAAGCAGUUGCCAGUUACCCAAAGCAGAGCAUCAAUAACCCACCUGAUAUGUCAGGCUGGAACCCAUUUGGAGAGGACAAUUUUUCCAAGCUGACAGAGGAGGAGCUGCUGGACAGAGAGUUUGACCUGCUAAGAUCAAACAGGCUGGUGGACAGGAGAGCAUCUUCAGAUAAGAAUGUGGAGCCACAUUCUGCUCCACAGAAAAAUCCUCCUGAAGAUCCCUUUGGUUCUGUUCCUUUCAUUUCUCACCCAGGUUCUCCUGGCAAACAAGUGGAUAACUCAUCCAGCAAUCAAGGAAAUAACUUAGGGACCCAAACCAAAGCUGGAAAACUGAGCCAUGCUUUUAGAGAUCCCCGGCCCGGGAGGAAAAUUGCAGGAGGACAAGUGAUGAAAGGUGCUGAUGAGUCAGAGAGUGAUUUUGAAUCUGAUCCUCCUUCUCCCAAGAGCAGUGAGGAAGAAGAAGAACAGGAGGAUGAAGAAGUCUUGCAAGGAGAGAAUGGAGACUUCAAUGAUGACAAUGAUACAGAACCGGAGAAUUUUGGCCACCGACCUCUCCUCAUGGACUCUGAGGAAGAGGUGGAGGAAGAGGAGGAGGAGAAGCAGAGUUCUGACUCCGAUUCUGAUCGUACCAAGCAAAACUCUGUGGAAAGUCUCCUGAGCAGUAGGUUCAGAGAUGGUGUGGGCAGCAGUGAAAUCAGUGAACCCAGCUCAAUGCAUACAUCCCUGCCUGAGGUGCCAAGUGCUGUAAUCAAGGUGAACCCUGGCCAAGAAUUCGAUGUGUUUGGGGCAGUGCCCUUUUCUACUCUGCAGCCUCAGCCCAGAGAGAAGGUGGACAAAGAUGUCUCUUCUCAGAUGGCUUUUCCCAGCCUGCAGCAGGAGCAGGAUGACUUUGAUGUUUUCACAAAAGCCCCCUUCAGCAAAAAGGUGUCUCAGCAAGAUGGCCAGGUGGCGGGAACAGAGCCUCUGCUCUCCCCCACCUCUCCACGGAGCGUCGAUAUCUUUGGCUGCACCCCAUUCCAGCCUUCCCUUCUCUCCAAGAGCACUGGGAGCAGAGAGGACCCGUUUGGGCUGGUUCCUUUUGAUGAGAUCACCGGGAGCCAGCAGCAGCAGAAGGUGAAGCAGCAGCGUAACCUGCAGAAACUUUCCUCCCGCCAGAGGCGCAUGAAGCAGGAGGCCUCCAAGGGCAACGGGAAGAGGCACCACGGCACCCCCACCACCGCCAAGAAGGCCUCCAAGCCGAGCUACCGCACCCCGGAGCGAACCCGCCGGCACAAGAAGGCAGGUCGCAGGGACUCCCAGAGCAGCAACGAGUUCCUGACCAUCUCAGACUCCAAAGAGAACAUCAGCCUCGCCUUGACGGAAAGCAAAGACCGACCCAACCCUCUGCAAACCGACGAGAGCCUCUUGGAUCCUUUCGGAGCCAAACCUUUCCACCCGCCGGAUUUGAUGCGGCAUCCCCAGCACCAAGGGCUCGGCGACGCCGCGGUGGUGGUGGCUGGUAGGGCGAGGCAGAGCUCCUUGCACGGGGCCCUUCAUGGUGGGGAGGGGCUGAAAACAGAUGACUUUGGUGCAGUGCCCUUCACGGAACUGGUCGUGCAGAGCGUGCAGGGCCAGCAGCAACCGGCACUGGAGUUAGAUCCCUUUGGAGCAGCUCCCUUCCCUUCUAAGCAGUAAACGCUUCCGAUGGCUUCUGCCCCACCCCCCCUCUCCUCCACCUCUCUGAGUUACUUCAUAGAGGUAUUAAUUAGUGGAGUAAUUUACCUGGUCGAAUAGACAGGGACCCAGGUUGGAGAAGGCCCGGCCAGCGUGUGGCGUGAAAUUCAGAAUGAUGGCAAAUUUCUGUUGGUUUUUGUGGAAAAGUAGAAACACAAACACCCCCCCCCCCCCCCCGAACAAACCAGGAGCAUCAUUCUGUGAUGACAAAUGGCUCCCAGAGUGACAGGAGAAAUCAGAUCUGCAUCCUGGUCUGUCACUGACUUCGGGCCCUGGAACAGACUGACAUUCUGCACUUUUGAGCUGCCUUUUCAGUCUCGUGAGGUGGAGGGAGGGGGUCGGGCAGGGAUCACACGGGCAGCAUUUGCCACGAAACAAAGUGGGAUGAUGGAGCUGAGGUGGUUCUUUGUGUCUCAGUCACAGCAGACCUAAGAACCAAAACGGACUAAUAUCCAGAUGGGUCUGCUGGAAAUAGUCAAGUCUUUUGCUUCCUAGAUGAAAACUACGUGUAUUAAUCUUGAAAAUAAAGAAGCCAAGUCCUCAAGGGGCUGUGGCCCAGAAUUCCAGAGCACAGCUGUGGCUUGGGACCUAGUAGACAUCUAUGCAGCUGGGAAGAUGAAAGGCAGAUGAUUUUUUUGUGUGCCUAAACAUUCAAUUAUAUUUUUUUUUUUUUAAAGUGCCAUUAAUGCAAAAUAGCAAACUGGAAGCUCAGAGUUAGAAUGAGAGAGACAGAGAAUUCUCAUGGUUUGGGAGACACAAAACCUGGAUGUAGGGGAGUAAACCAGCAGGGACGCAGCCAGUGUUGGCAGCACUUUGAAAACUGCUCGGUAGGCUGGGAAGAGAGAGAGGCUGGUUUACAUGAGGAAAUAAUUUGGCACCUAGGGGUAUUUCAGAUGACAGCUGACUGUGAGAUGCAACCAUUGGAUUAAUUUCACUGGGAUUUGUGUCUGAAAAUACUUCUUUCUUCUCGGAUUUUUAUUGCGAAGAAAACGUGUGUUCUUUCAAACCUGUUGUUUUUUUUAAAACAAGAAUAAUGCUAUGAAAUGGCUGUAACCUCAUGUUCUUUUUGAGUUCUGAUGAAUCUAUUCUUGUACUUAAUGUGUAUUUGAUAAGAAAGUUUUGCUACACACACUGAGCUUUGAAGAAACUUCUCUGCCCCUGGACUGGCUUGGGGGGACAGCAGCAGUGAGUCUGCAGAAGCUGAUCCCCCACUGCACCUAGAGCUGCCUUUCCCACCACGAUGCCUUAAGGACAGAAUUUCUGUCCCACCACACGGUACCUCGGGGACAUCAGUGCAGGAAACCUGGCUCCAGGCUGGAGCCCAGGGGUGCUGGGCAAGGAGAUGUGACCAGACACGUCGAAGACAAGAUGUGGCUCCGUGACGCAGCUGGGACGGCCCCUCUGUGCUGCUGAGCCACCUGCACCCUCUGCAGAGCAGGCCCCUUGGUCUGCCUGUUCUCCCUGGCAAUCUGAAAGGAGAAGUGGAAGGAGGCAGUUUCUCUCUGUUGUUUCAACUUUCUGUCCUGCUCUCCUGAGUGCUGAGAAGGAAUUGGAUGCCUACACAUGGGGGAUGUAAGCAUUUGUGGUUGCGUGUCCCCAUGUGUGUCCCCUUUCACACGAGGGAAAGUGAAAUACUGAAGGUUUGGCAUUUUUGUUCCAAGUCUCUUGCUGGUUAUACAGUCAUCCGGAGGUGUGUGAGGGUGGGCGUGGAUCCCUUACAAUAUGGGCUGAAAACAGCACAUUAAAAACAAGUUGUUUGGUUUCUUCAGGGGUUGGUUUGAUCAAACUCUCCAUUGGAUGUACGUGAGAGGGUUUCUCCUGGUCGUGGCAUUUGAAAGUAGCUCAUCCAUAUCUGUACACCUUCAUUGCCUUUAUCUUCCUCAUUUUCAUGUUUCUCACAGGGUGGAAGUGAACUGUUACAGCUGUGCUUGGUUCAGAAAGCCUUUUCCAGGCUUAGACAUUAAGCUCUUACGAGAUUAUGACUAGAAAUGUCUCAACUCUAUUUGCACAGGCGUUUCCUAGGCUUUAUUACUACUGUUCUCACCUGGUUUUUUGUGCCAAAGGCUGCAAGAAGCACACGCCAAGUUUUGUAGCAUUUUCUGAUACUCAGGUUAACUGUCUUUUGUUUUCCCCUUUUUUUUUCUCUGCACGUGCUUAUGAGCUGCCUUCCCGUGCUUUCCUUCCCAGCUGGUCCUUGCCUGCCUAAAGAGAGUGAUGUGGCAAGGGGGGGGGCAGGUGGGUGGAAACAGAACGAGAAGAAACAACAGGCAACUGCCCCCUGGUCUGAAAUGCAACCAGUCCUUGAGGAAGCCACGAGCUGCUGCUUUCCCUGGUGGAAAAGCAACUUGAGGGUUUGCUUGGCUGUUUUGUGCCAGAGGCAAGAGUUCACGAGGUGCAUGGGAGUGGGACUUGGCUCCAGGACCUGCCAGGAGAGGUGGCUGCCCAGGGCAGGUCUCCUGUGGGCCUGAAUGUUCAGGUAAAUGAAAACAGAAGGAAGUGUGUUUGCUUGGUGGCUUUUUUGAGGCUGUGGAGCACUACAGGUGUGCUUUGUGGGGCGGGGUGGUUUGGGUUUUGGCAGAGGAUCUGUCAGUGGUGGUAUCACAGGACAGGAAGGCUGAUAUGAGGUUGUCCACAGCAGCUGAGAGAUGAGAUAAAAGCCAACUCUAAACCCAAGUGACUCCCAAAGUGGUGUAAUGCCUCUGGCUGCAGAGGUGUUCUGGCCAAUGAGAUUUGCUUUCUAGUGGCCUUAAUAAACCUUCUUUGUAUUCUAGUUACGAAACAGGUUUUUGCUUAAAUGUAACUUUUUUGUUUCUAGAGUUAAAGUUGUUUCACCCUUGUGACAGAAAAGAGAUGGGUCUGUCUCACUGAGCUGAGCUUGUGUGACAUGGAUUGUUCAUACACAACAAAACCCAAGUUUGAGUUUCAUUUCAGCUGAAAGCCACCCUUCAACAGAGACAAAAGGUGGCACCCUGGGGGGAAUGUGAUGCCUCUUUGCCUUGAUAUUUGGUGUGAGUGCCAUGUCUCUGCUUGCUGUGGAGUGUAUGGUGACCUUACCUGGAACCUGGGAAGACCCUGCUGCACUAGGCAUGUGAAGCCAGCAGUGGUGAGGUGGCACUUCCAAGAAUAUCCAUGGGUUUUGACAGCGUGUUGAACGACUGGACCACAGGCUGUUUAGAGUCAGCUGCUUGAGGGAGGGAUUCUUUCAAAAGGCACAAAGAAGCCCCUAAGGGUUGUGGUCAGUGACAGAAAAAUCAGAUGGUUGCGUUUCUCUGCAGCCUCUCCACCAGCCUUGGUGUGUGCAGUGGCCUUGGCUGCCCUGCCCAGUGCAGGACCCAUCAGUACCAGCUUUGGAGGAAGGAACUUUUAAUCACUCUGGGCAUCCCAGUUAGUAAAACCCAAGUACUGUGAAAAUAAGUUGAUAUAUUUACUACUGUGAGAGAAAAAAAAAAGUUUAUCUGGAGUUUUUUUUAUACUAUAUAGUGUAUUUUUAUAUAUGGAAAGUAUAUAUAAAAGAUACACAUGCUCGCACACAUCAUGUAUCUCUUGGAGUUGCUGUGUUUUUAGUAACAGAGCAGCCACAAUCACUGUCGUGUGACUUGAGGGAGUGAAUAGGAGUGAAAGCUGUGAAAGAAAAACAAGUGCAAGGGGGUGGCUGCUGCAUCACUUUUCUGUAGUGCUUAUUUUGAAAGGAGAAUCAAGGAAAUGGUGUGUAUAGCUAAAUCUGUGACUAAAGCAUCACUUAAAUAUUAAAAAGAGCAUAAAAACUAUUUUUAAAUUGCUGGCAUUCAGCUUUUAAGUGCACUUUCCUGACCUACACUUCCACUUCCUGUUAGACUUCAAGUUUCUAAAGCUUUUUUUUUUUUUUGUGUACCACUAAACAGAGAACUUUAACUUUUUUGUGGCACUGAUGUAUGUCAUAAAAUACUUGCAGUUGCUAAAUAAACAAAGGUGAUAACAGUGA